AUGCCUGAAACACGUAAUCAUCAAAGACCUCAUCGUAUUUCAUCAGCCGAAAGUGGAGCUGUUGGUGGUCAUAAUCAUCAGGAAUAUCCCAAUCAAACAUUAUUUGAACAUACCAAAGAAAAACAACUUCCAUUCCUUAGUAAUAUUGUUAUUAUCGGUCGUUUAAAAGAUGCUUGGGAUCAUAAACCAGAACUUGCAGAUUAUUAUCAAAACUUCAUAAGUUCUUUACCUAUUACUGUUGAAAAACCUUUGGAUACAAAUCAACAUAAUACUCCGGAGGAUACUCAUGUUCAACCAGCAACUGGUCUAUUACUUAUUUUUCCAACUCUUUUUAUUCAUUAUCUGGAAGUAACUAAUUCAGCAAUGAAAUCUAUUCUUGAAGAUCUUAAUCAAUCAAUUAAUAAUCGAGAUGGCCUUAUACGAGAAGCAUCUAUUCUUAAUAUUUCAUAUAAUAUUAAUGCACGACACUAUCCGAAUUGGUCAUUCAGAGGUAUUAAAUUAGCUGUCGAAGAUCUUGAUGCUCAACCAGCUGAAACACCAGAAGCGAUUGCUAUUGAAAUUCUUGGUAAAUUAUUAAGAUUAGCAAGAUAUCAAGCCGAAGAACGACAACGAAAUGAACGAGGUGGUGAUGUUCUAGCAAAUUUCGAUCAAAAUAGAGCUGAUUUAUUACCCAAUCAAGUGAAUAUCAAUUAUCUUCUUAAACAGCCAAUCUUUCGAACAGCUGAAGAUAUUCUCAAAAAUUAUAGUCGCCCAAUUAAUAUUCGAUUUGAAAGUGAUUUAACGGCACCACCAACGCAUAGAUUAUUUCCUAUAACCUUAUAA